AUGACACCACCAGAAGCUGGAGUGAUGUGCGGCAUCGGCAGCCUGUUCAGUGCGCUGAAGGUGGUACGCCUGCUGCGGCUGGGCCGCGUGGUGCGGAAGCUCGACCGCUACCUGGAGUACGGCGCGGCCAUGUUGAUAUUGCUGCUGUGCUUCUACAUGCUGGUGGCGCACUGGCUCGCGUGCAUCUGGUACUCGAUCGGGCGGUCGGACGCGGACAACGGCGUCCAGUUCUCGUGGCUGUGGAAGCUGGCCAACGUCACGCAGACGCCCUACUCCUACGUCUGGAGCAACGACUCGGGCUCCCCGGAGCUCGUCAACGGGCCGUCGCGCAAGACCAUGUACGUGACGGCGCUCUACUUCACCAUGACCUGCAUGACCAGCGUCGGGUUCGGCAACGUCGCCGCCGAGACCGACAACGAGAAGAUCUUCACCAUCUGCAUGAUGAUCAUCGCCGCGCUGCUGUACGCCACCAUCUUCGGUCACGUGACGACCAUCAUCCAGCAGAUGACGUCGGCGACGGCCAAGUACCACGACAUGCUGAACAACGUGCGGGAGUUCAUGAAGCUGCACGAGGUGCCCAAGGCGCUGAGCGAGCGCGUCAUGGACUACGUCGUCUCCACCUGGGCCAUGACCAAGGGGCUGGACACCGACAAGGUGAAUGAAGUGCUCAACUACUGCCCGAAGGACAUGAAGGCGGACAUCUGCGUGCACCUGAACCGCAAGGUGUUCAACGAGCACCCCGCCUUCCGGCUGGCCAGCGACGGCUGCCUGCGAGCGCUCGCCAUGCACUUCACCAUGAGCCACUCGGCGCCGGGGGACCUGCUCUACCACACGGGCGAGUCCAUAGACUCGCUCUGCUUCAUCGUCACCGGCUCGCUCGAGGUCAUCCAGGACGACGAGGUCGUCGCCAUCCUCGGCAAGGGCGACGUGUUCGGCGACUCCUUCUGGAAGGACAGCGCCGUGGGGCAGUCGGCGGCCAACGUGCGGGCGCUCACGUACUGCGACCUGCACACCAUCAAGCGCGACAAGCUGCUGGAGGUGCUCGACUUCUACCAGGCGUUCGCCAACUCCUUCGCCCGCAACCUCGUGCUCACCUACAACCUCAGGCAUCGGCUGAUCUUCCGGAAGGUGGCGGACGUGCGCCGCGAGAAGGAGCUGGCCGAGCGGCGGAAGAACGAGCCGCAGCUGGACCAGAGCCAGGACCACCUGGUGCGCAAGAUCUUCUCCAAGUUCCGCCGCGACCGCGCCGCCGCCCAGCACCAGCAGGCGCUGCCGCCGCCGUCGCCGACGACGACGGACGUGGAGAAGGGCGAGGGCGGCGUCACGACGCCCUCCGGGGACGCCUCCUGCUCGUCGCCGGCGCUGCGCGUCCCCAAGCUGUCCAGCGUCGCCGAGCGCCACGACUCCUCCUCCACCAACGCCGCCAGCUCCAGCAACACCAAUGGGGCCAAGCCGCACCGGCCCACCACCAUACGUGCCUCCAGGUGGGGACGCCUGCUGGGGUCCAGCGGCGGGAGUGUCGACUCGUCCGACGCGGGCAGUAGUUCGGCCGCAGCGGCGCUGAUGUCGCGCUCGCUGUCCAUCCGAGGUGACCACCACGGCGGAAGUGGCGCUGGCGGCGCGCAGGCCAAAAAUGGCGGCGCUUCCUCUUCCGGUGGGGCGCCCGGCUCGUCUUCCUCGCUCGGAGGCAACGGAGGCUCGGGGAAUAAGGUGUUCCCGAAGCUGCCGAAACCGAUGACGAGGCAGGACACGAUGGAGGAAAUCGUCGAGAUCGAAGACCGUUACAACCGUCCAGGAAGCCUUCGUAAGGUGGAGUCGUGUGACAGCGGCAUGGUCCGCAGUGUGGAGCAGAGGCUGAACGACCCCCCACCCACGCCUCACCCCGUCGUCUCAGGGGUGGCCGCCAUGCUGCCUCCGGCAGAGUACAAGGACCUCGUGGCCAACAUCAUGGACUUCAAGGUCGACGUCAAACUCGAGGUCCAGCGGUUACACCAGAAGGUGGGCCGCAUGGAGGAGAUGCUGGCCGAGAUCGUGCAGAGGCUCGGCCCCGCCCCCACCCCCGCCCCCGCGCCGGAGGUGAGCCUCCAGCCCAAGCCGCAGCAACAGUCUGCCACGCCCACCUCGUCCUCGUCGUCUUCUGGCGGCGGCGGCGGCGGGGGCGGAGCCACCAUCCCGGUACCAGUCAGCGGGGGUGGAAACGGCGUGGGAGGCCUCGUUCUCAGGAAAAGGAGGUCCAAGUCCAGGAACAAGGGCGCUGCUCCCGGGGUGCCCACCACGAGCUCGCCGAGGACUUCCCCGACGGAGACGACGAGGAUGCUGCCGCCCACGGAGGAGGCGGACUCGGGGGCCUCGUCCGAGGAGAAGAGGUCCUCGUACCGCCGCUCCAGGGAGUUCCUGUAG